UCACUUUUGACUCCUAACCUAUUGAUGUGACAAAUGUAGAAAAACACUGGAAUUUAAAAAAGGUCUUUUUUUAUUUUACCAGUCUGAAAAGAACCGCGUGCUAGUAUACUGAGAAUCAAAGGGAAAAAUCAUGGAAUUUGGUAGGCCACGGGAUUUCUCCGAAUUUUACGACCAACUAAACGAACUGCGAACCAAGUUUCGAAACUGGGAUAGUUGUGAAAAAACUGUGGCCCUUUACUACUUAAUGGUGGGCCUGCCCUUUGCCAACGCCAAAUUCCUGCAAAAUGCUCUGGAUCAGUUGGUCACCACAAUCAAUAAUAAGGAAGCUCAAGUGAUGGAGCAGAACGCUAAUGAUCCCGAAGUGAUUCAGAAGUUCUUGUCGGAGAAUCCUCAGUCUGCGCUUUGUCUGCUGCUGAAUCACCUUCCACUGCUCAGGCCCGGAAACAAGGACGCUGCCAGAUGCUACUUAAGUACUAUACAAAGAAUUUUAACUGAAUGUAUCACGCCUCCAUUUAAAAAGAUCUACAACGAAUGUGUCGAGAUCAUGUCCUACGUGUACAUCCACCCAGCGUUUGAUAAGGAAGAUAAGACGAUGUUUAAGCAUCUGUUGAAGCAAGUUUUAAAUCGAGUCACUCCAGACAACUUCAUCCAUUCCCCGGUAAAUGAGGCAAACCCUCAAUUAAUUAGCAAUAGCGCAGACUUUGCACAAGAUAAGAAAAGGUCAAACAGUUUAACGCCCGUUAUAUCCUGUGUGACUGAUACAGAGAGUUGGUCUUCGCAGGAAAAUUUGGUACAAUCCUAUCAGAAGCCCAGGAGUUCCUCGUUGUGUUGCGAAAAGAACAUAGCUGAAAGUACAUACAUUCAGUCAAGCAGUUCAGACAGCAAGCUGGAGGAGGUUUUAAAGAACAAUUUUCCCUUAAUGAAAAGUGUACUGGCCUGGUUAAAAUCGAUGAGGCUUCACAAGUACAGCUGGCUGUUCCACGAUCUAACAGUGAACCAAAUGAUGAAUCUCAGUGAGGAGUAUUUGAUCGAAGCUGGGGUGACGAAAGGCGCCAGACAAAAGAUGUUACUCAAUCUGGAAAAGUUGAAGAACAGAAAGAAACUACUCUCAGACCUGGAGAUCGGGCUGAUGAAUGGCAGUAACGUGUAUGAAGCGCUUAAGGAACUGAAGGCGGUUUCGCAAACGCCCAUGCAAAUAUCGCCCGGUGAUGAUUUGUGCUCCCAAUUUAUAAAAGUCGUGGGCAAAGUAUGCACGCAACUCCUUAUGCUGAGACAUCCCACCGACGAAAUUUUGUUGCUUUUUAACACAGUGUGCGAAAAGGCCAACGCAUUGGAGUGCUUCACUACAGAACAGAAAAAGAAGCUGAUCAUGUGGAAAGAACAGCUCGAUGUCAGAAACAUGUUCAAGCCGUGCCAUCAGAGGACGGCGAGUCGAAACAACCACAGCAAUCACUUCAAUACGCCAACUUUCCGACUGUUUGAAGAACCAAGACAUUCGCCAUCAAACACCCAGAAGAGUUCUUCAUACCCAAAUAUGCAGGCCAAUUCUAGUUUACAUAUGCAUAGACAUUCAGUGGAUAGUGUAACACUACGAAGUCAACUCCUGCAUAUCAAGCAUGCAGAAUCAUACAGCUCGCAAAAUGCAAUAAAAUUGAAUUCAUCGAAAUUGAAAACCAAGUCAGAACCUCAGUCCUUGAAAAAUAAUUGUGAUAUCGAGAACAGUUUGGAGUCUUUAUGUAUACAAAUGAUGGAACAUGCGUUAGGUCCGUAAGUUAUGUAAUUUACAUGUUGUAAUUGAAUUGUGACAAAUUGUGUGUUGAAAUGCGCAAUUUUUAUUGAUGCACUGUAGGUAUUAAAUACCAACAAAACCGUUCUAACUCAAUGUUAACUAGUCUGAUUCGUCGUGUGUAGAUAUAAGUAGGAACGAUUAUUUUUUGACAAAAAGAUGCUAAUUUAUUUUAUUACACUAAGUAAGAAUUUAUGACGAGAAUAAAGGAUAAUGUUGUACCUUUA